UCAGAAGUCCUCUCUGCAGCACUCUCAGCUGCUUGUCCUCUUCUCUCUAAGAUUUACAACUAAGCCAGAUUUUUGAAUCUCAUUUGCUUAGCAAGUUUUCUAGUUCUCUUAAGGCUGCAAGAAACUCUCGUGACAGAAAAAUGCUGCCUGCAACCUUCAAACUGUGUGCUGGCAUCUCCUACCGGCAUAUGAGGAACAUGACAGGUUUGAGAAAGAAUGCAAUGGUGGCCAUUCACCAUGAGCUGAACAGACUGGCAGGUCCAGGCCCCAGUAAAUGGAUCAGCCAAGUCCGCCGACGAAGCUCCCUUCUCAGUUCUCGGAUCGAGGAGGAGGAAGGGUACAACGAGGAGGAGAUGUCCUAUGUGAAGCAAGGUGAGGAUGCACUGAAGAAGGCCAUCAGCAUCCUUAGCGAACAAGAGGGCUGGACCGUUGAAAUUGUGGCUGCGAAUGGAGACAAAGUCCUGAGUAAGAUGUUGCCUGACAUUGGUAAGGUGUUCAAGCUGGAGGUGAUGUUGGAGCAGCACCCAGACAGUCUUUACGAAGAGCUUGUGGGAAACAUGGAGCAAAUGGGGGAGUGGAACCCAAAUGUCAAACAGGUCAAGAUCCUUCAAAAGAUUGGCCAGGACACCAUGGUUACCCAUGAGGUGUCUGCAGAGACACCUGGCAACGUUGUGGGGCCAAGGGACUUUGUCAGCGUUCGCUGUGCCAAGCGUCGAGGCUCUUCCUGCUUCCUGGCUGGAAUGUCCACUCAGCACCCGAAAAUGCCUGAGCAGAGGGGUGUGGUGAGAGCGGAGAAUGGGCCCACCUGCAUAGUUAUGAAGCCCUGCGCUGAAGACCCAAAUAAGACCAAGUUCACCUGGUUACUAAAUAUAGAUCUAAAGGGCUGGAUCCCAAAGACAAUCAUAAACAAAGUGCUCUCUCAGACGCAGGUGGACUUUGCCAACCACCUCAGGCAAAGGAUGGCUAAUAACGUUUCUAUGGAGAUGGCUCAUGCCUGCUGACACAAGAUGCCUCUUGAGCUUUGGCACAGCAGUACACUCAGCAGCGGCAGAGGAGCAACCCCCUCUCAUUUUAAAAUAAUAUAAAUCUGCUUUAUCUGCUUAAUUAAAUAAGAAAAUCCUGAGGAAAUUAAGGAGAUCAGAUGAAGAUGAUGCUUGUCUAAGAUUUUAGGAAAAUCUGAACACAGAUCUUGGUUUCAAUUGGAAAAUGUGUGUUUUUCUUGGCCCUUUUAAUAGAAAAUCUGUCAUGAGAUUUUGACUCACCGACAUCAGUCUUACACAUUGUGUGCCAUGAUUGUUUCUGAUCACUCCACUUUGCAUUGGCAGACACACUGAGCCGGUAAAACAUGUCAUAAACUGCCUGUUGUUUCCAUGUGAUAACACCCCAGAUAGUGUCCAUCCCUCUGCUGUGAAAUUGCACUUUUAUUUCAGUGUUUUAUUUAUUGAUAUUGCACAGUUGCAUUGCAUUACAAUGACUGCCAAGUGAAUAAACAAUUGCAAUGCCAUUGAUAUUUAUGGUUUUAUGCUUUUAUUACGCUUUCAGAGAAGCAGAAAAGCAGUAAGGAGAAUAAUUACUCUAUCCUUUCCUGAUGCAUGAGAACUUCAAUAAAAGUUCAUAAAACA